UUCAUUGUAUUUUCCCCCCAAAACAACUGUUUGAUUCCCAGUUUUCAGCGUGUUUUGUGUAGCCUAUAUUUUACAUACACAGUUGUGUGUGUUCUGAUAGAUUUCGAUGUAGAGGCUUCUGAUUAAAAAGACUAAUGACCUCACGCAUUUGAAAAGCGGGGUGACUCCUCUGUACCGGUACACCGAGGGCGUAUCAGGCAAGAUUAUGAAAAGCGGGACAGCGGAUCAUGCAGAUCGCAGAUCCCCUUCAUCGCAGAUGCAUGCAGCAGGCCGCAAGAGAAAACGAAUAGAAACCUUCGGCGUCAAUAAAAAGUACAGGGGAAUGGGUCAGUCUGUUGGCCCUGUCUCUAACUCGGCUUCUUCCUCGCAAGAAGAGGGGUAUUCGGGGAUGUUGUCUGUGUUCCCCGCUCCUGUGCUGGAGGAGGUGUUUGUGAACGUUCCGCCCGAGGAGGUGGUGUGUGUGUGUCGGCUGGUGUGCCGGGAGUGGAAGGAGGUGGCCGACAGCGCCGCCUUGUGGCGGGAGAGGUGCAGGCGGGACAGGUUUCGGCCCCAUGACAUCACCAGACCCCCCACUGACUGGCGGCUCUUUUACUUCCUGUGCAAAAAGAGGCGGAACCUGCUAAAAAACCCCAGCGCUGAUGAGGGAUUCAACGGAUGGCAGAUUUUGGAGAACGGGGGCCAUGAGUGGAGCAUAGAGCCUUUAUCUGAGCCUCGCCCUGACGGAACGGCCACUGAGUAUUUUGUUACUUCCUACUAUACCUGUACGAAGUGCCAGCUAAUAGACCUGGUGAAGGAGGGAUACAGUCAGUCGUUCAUGGAUGAGAUUCAGCCUGAUAUUGUCAUAUCUGACUGGUACGCACCCCGCUGGGACUGUGGAAGCAUGUAUGAGAUUUGUGUGGAGCUGCUCAGCCGAAACAAGAAGGUCAUCCGUAAGUUCUGUCCAGAACCCGUCUACUUUGAGCAGUGGAAUGACCAGAAGUGGCAACAGAUGACCCACGUGUUCCGGGACUACGGGCGGGGCGUGCGUUUCGUCAGGUUCUGUAACGGGGGGAAGGACACGCAGGGCUGGGCCGGCUGGUACGGGAUCCGGGUCACCAACAGCAGCGUGGAGAUCUGCCCCUCAGCGCCUGUCUGAGUGGACCGUUUGGCCGCGCCCCCUCCCCACCUCGCCCCGCCCCACUCCACCUCGCCGCGCCCCUCCCCUCCCCUCUGGAGGGAGGUUUGACUGACGCUUCUCCCCAGAACAGCUACGGUGCCUUCGCCCCUGAAACGAUUCCUCCUGAGGAACACCUGUUUCACUUUAACCUGCUCCUGGCGUACCUGUGUAUCCUAAGACUGCGUUAUUAUAACUGCUCUAUAGCAGCAAGCAGAAUGUAUUAGGGGUGGCAGUGGCAGUGCAGUAUACUAAGGAGUUGGUCGUGUAACCUGAAGGUCAUAGGUUCGAUUCCCAGGUUGGACACUCUUGAGCCUGUCACUGAACCUGCAUUGCUUCAGUAUAUAUCCACCUGUAUAAAUGGAUGUGAUGUAAAUGCUAGUCAAACUUUCACUGAAGGAAACGCUACAGUCGAAUUUGCAUGAUGGGAGAUUGGGGCAUGGGGCAGAGCUCAGAUUACAGUCAGUGAUGUACCACCAGGAAAUCAUAAAAAUGCAUUAAUGCAAAAACAGCAUGAAAUACAAGAUGCAAACGGUUAUUUGUGCUGAAAUAAAUGCCAAAUAAAAUGCUGCAUUCUGGAGAUAAACCAAA